UGCCAGGUCCUGGAGGAUGAAGAGGCGGCUCGUUACGUCCACGGCAUUGGCAUCCACUGGUACCUGGACUUCAUUGGUCCCAUACAGGAUACAGUGGUGCCCACUCAUGAGCUCUUUCCUGACUACUUCAUCCUGGCCACAGAGGCGAGCAUCGGGGCCCAUUUUUGGGAGAGGGAUGUGAUCCUGGGCUGCUGGGAGCGAGGGAACCAGUACAGCCACAGCAUCUUGACGAACCUGAACCACUUUGUGGCCGGCUGGACCGAUUGGAACCUGGCCCUGGACCUGGAGGGGGGCCCCAACUGGGUCAAAAACUACGUGGACAGCCCUGUCAUUGUGGAUGCCAGCGAAGGCAUCUUCUACAAGCAGCCCAUGUUCUACCACAUGGGUCAUUUCAGUAAGUUCAUCCCUGAGGGCUCCCAGCGCGUGGGGCUCGUUGCCUCCAAAGGGUCCAAGAAGGUGGACCUGGAGUACACGGCUUUCCUGCGCCCCGAUGGUGCCGUGGUGGUGGUGGUUCUGAACCG